AAGCGCGAUACAAAAAUAGAAAAAUUGAAACGGGACAGGCCGCAGAAGAAAGGGAAGGGAGAAAACUGGGCGAGGAAGAUGGAAGAUUUCGAGCGGAAGGUGUCACUGGCUGAUGAUUCAAUGGAAACGGAUGGUGUGACUAAGAGCUCCAAUUCCUCGCAAACCCUACUCUUGCUCCGCAGAUUCCUUCAAAUCCAGCAACGUAGAGCCCAAGCUUAUGCCACCCUCAAACGCUGCAGACGGAUUGGGAGGUAUCGUGGAUUGAGAUGAAUUCGUUUUUGAGUACAUAAUCACCUCCAUAAUGAAUGAACCAGAGGCACAUAGCCAGGAGGAAACAAGAAGCACCGAUUAAUGGCUUUGGUUUGUUUUAGGAGGAUACAUAGGUUUUACUGAAUAUCUGGCUUCGGGAGGGGAGCUGGCUUACCAAAAACUUUGCACUGAGAUCACAACAGAGUUCAACGACUGCUCAAAACAAGUCCGUGAAAUCGAGGCCCUAUUUCUAGACCCUGAUUGCAGCCGGUCCGAUCUAGCACAAUUGCUCAGAGCUGUUCAAACUCAGGAGAAGCUGAAAUUGCAACUGACUGCAACGAUUCAGUUGUUGAAGAAAGCUGGGCGGCCAUCCGAGCGACUGGUGAGCCAUGCAAAUUGCAGUUUUCCGAAGCCCAUGGAACACCAGUGCGUGCACGUGCAUGAAAUAACAGAGAGUGACGGGACUGAAGAAGCAGAAGCAAAUGCUGAGUACGACAAUGCCCUCAAUGAAGCCAUUCGAGGUGUGCAGGACGCAGUGACUUCCAUUAAUGAACAUAUUGAAGAAGUGAAGUAUGAGAUUGCAGCGAUUGAAGUUGAAUGACAUUGCAUAUAUCAGAGACAACAUAGUAUGCUAGAACAAGAGUUCCCUCCUUGAUAUAGACAUGUAUCGAUUAUGAAUUACAUGCUCGAUACGGAGAACUUUUGUAAAUAAGUUCUAUUUCAGCGUAACUAGGCAAUGUGAUUGGUUGAUGUUGUACCAAAAUUUGUUCGAUCCUUCCAGAAACCAUAAAAUAGUAUGAUUACAGCAAACAGAUAGAGCAAUGCAGCCUACAACUGCUACCCAUCACCCCAUCAAAGUUAGAGAAGUGGUGCAUGACUGUUUCAAACAUAUUAAAAAGAGUUUACAGGAGCAGAAACAUGCCACACUAUCUCUAUAAAACUUGGUUGGCAUUGGACAAUACACAUGUUGAUUCUUCCUCCAGUUCUCUUCUGUGCAUUCUCAUCUC